CGCAGGCGCGACUAUACAUGCGGCUUCGUGGCAAACAACAUAUAUGUAUACCAAACUUCUGGCUUUGGGUAUUCAAUCAGAUUUUGAUGAAAUCUGACUGUAGAUAGUGGUAUUGCUUAUUUUCUACCUGUUACGUUAUUUAUUUAGUGUGCAAUAAUAAAAGAUCAGGGGAUUCAUAUGAAAUGAAAGUUGUAAUUGAAAUAUUUGCCUGUUUAUUGGCAAUCAUCACAACUGUGAAUGCCGGCGGUCCAACCCUCGUGCUACUCGAUAAUUUAGCAAUCAAAGAAACUCAUUCCAUAUUCUUUAAGAUCUUACAAGAUAGUGGUUAUAAUCUUUCGUUUAAACUUGCUGAUGAUGCGAAUCUCUUAUUAUCUAAAUAUGGAGAAUAUCUUUAUAAUCAUCUGAUUAUUUUUGCUCCAACUGUAGAGGAGUUUGGAGGUGCAAUGAGUGUAGAUGCAAUUACAGAUUUUAUAGAUGGAGGUGGCAACGUUCUUGUAGCUGCUUCCACAUAUUCCGGAGAUGCGUUGAGAGACUUAGCUUCGGAAUGUGGUUUUGAAAUUGACGAAGAAGGUGCUAGUGUCAUUGAUCAUAUGAAUUAUGAUAAAACGGAUACUGGAUAUCAUACAAAAAUUGUCGCAGAUCCGACAAAUUUGAUCGAUGCUCCUGUAAUAGUCGGAAGUAAAAAUAUACCACCGUUACUUUACCACGGAACUGGAUUAAUUGCUGAUUUAGAAAAUCCAUUAGUGUUAAAAUUAUUAACUGGUUCAAGCUCUUCUUAUUCUUAUAUUCCUGAACGACCAGUAAAAGAAUAUCCUCAUGCGGUUGGAAAAAAUACUCUGCUUAUUGCUGCACUUCAAGCAAGAAAUAAUGCUAGAGUUUUAUUUUCCGGAUCUUUGUAUUUCUUUAGCGACGAAGCUUUUACUAGUCCUGUUAAAAAAGCUGGAGAUGAUAAGAAACAUGAUAAAUCAGGAAAUAAAGAUGUAGCUGAGGCAAUGGUGCGUUGGGUUUUUAAAGAAAAUGGAGUAAUCAGAGUCUCAUUUGUACAUCAUCAUAAAGAAAAAGAAUCACAACCACCUGCAGCUUACACAAUUAUGGAUGAUGUUGUUUAUUCAAUAAAUGUUGAAAAAUUGUCAGGUGAUAACUGGGUACCUUUUAUAGUAGAUGAUUUACAAUUAGAAUUUGUAAGAAUCGAUCCGUUUAUUCGAACAACUAUGAAACAUAUUGCAAAUGGUCGCUACGAGGCCAGAUUUAAAAUUCCGGAUGUAUAUGGUGUUUAUCAAUUUAAAGUUGAUUAUACUCGUAUUGGCCUUACACAUCUGUACAAUACAACACAGGUGUCUGUCCGACCUCUCGAACAUACUCAGUAUGAACGCUUUAUUCCAAGUGCUUAUCCUUAUUAUGUCAGUGCUUUCUCAAUGAUGGGUGGUGUUUUCCUAUUCUCUAUUGUAUAUUUACACUACAAAGAGGAUACAAAAGCAAAAGCAGACUGAAAACACAGUGAUUGUAAUAUUCGAAUACAAAGAUUUUUUUAUUGCAGUCUUACCAUCAUUUGUAAGGUAACUCAAGAGUCAGACAUUUUGUACAAGUGUAUUUAAAAAGUGUGAAUCGAUGGUAUGUUAAAACAAUAAUUUUUCAAUUUUCAUAAGAUUUAU